AUCGCGGCGCUCUGCCCCCACUGCGGCGACGCCCGACGCCCCUGCUCCUGCGGCGCCUGCUCCUCCACCAGCAGCAACACUGCGGAGCCUUCCUUGCGGCGGUCGAGAUCCUUGGCGGUGGCGAUUCCGUUCCUCCGGUCGUCAACCAAUCGUCAUCCUCCUCCUGCCGCUGCUUCCGACAAGGCCGCUCCAACUCCCGCUCCGGCGUUCUGGGCAAUUCUGAAAGGCGGCGGCGCGUCGGCGAAGAAGAAGGACGACGUGGCGGCGGCGGGGGAGGAGGAGGACGGUGAGCAGCUUCGGAGGAUGACGAUGAGGAAAUCGAGGUCGGUGGCGGUGACGUCAGCGGAUGCAGGGAGGUCGUCGUGGAAAGGAAGCGGCGGAGGGAGAGGGUGGCAUUUCCCGAGCCCGAUGAAGGUGUUCCGGCAAUCGAAAAGCUCCGCCAGAGGCGGCGGCGGUUUGAUCUUUGGGUCUGACGGUUACAAUUCCAGAGCACGGUUACAAAUCCAGAGAGGACUCCAACUGCGAUCCGUUUCAGAUACGCUUGUUCUUUCUCUUUCCUCGCUAAUUUUAAUAUUUAUUUAUUUCCAGGAAUAUAAUUCUAGAAUCUUUUAA